GAAAACAUCUGCAAUCUUCUUGUGGUUAUUCUUGAUGCCAAUCCCGUGUGGUGGGGAAGAAUUACUUGCGAAGGAAGUGAAGACCCUCUGGCUGGUGAAAAUGAACAACAGGUCAGAACUCUUUAAGUACUGUUGUUGCAAGCGCGGCCAUAGUUCUUCGUUAGACUGAGACGACAGACUUGAAGUAAACUUCAACACAAGUUUUAUUCUAACAAAAGUUGCACACACAUUUGGGUUGUUGCAAGAUGAUGAUGGAAUGCAGCCUCACUCUGAUGUUAAGUGUACAAUUGCUUCAGGUUACACAAACUUCCGGUUUUAACGAGGACAAGUUGAGUUUGUACCCAACAUAAAUGACAUCGAUCAAUAUGAAACUUCAACACCAUUUCCCCCCCCCCCCCCCGGGUAACCCCCCAAGCAUUUGACCUUAUUAAAACAGGCCUGUUCAAAUUACCAUCACAUUAGCCCAAUGUGGUGGUCAAAAUGCUCCUCCCAAAGAAGAAAUGUUCUGCGCUGAGAUUGUGAAUUUGAAAAAUAGACUUAAGCGAAUUUUCGGGACUUCCCAUUAUGUUGAUUGGCAAUUGAAUUACAGAAAUCAUCACUCAAUCUUGUUUUCAUACGUUAUACUUUCAAAAAUACAUAAUGAAGAACUUUUGAAAUUCCUUGCCAAAAGAAGCUGUUUCUUUACCCUUAAACUCUUCCAUCUUAUUAUGAGAAAGAUCACACCUAUCAAAGUAUGUUGUCCGACCUAGAUGGUCCAAAGAAGUUAAACUUGACACUUUCGGCCCAAAUUCCCCAACCCACCAUGGCAAUGGUAAAAUUUCCCGCUCCCCCAGUAGAAAUUAUGGUCAAAUACCUGGGGUUUGACCAGGGUGGCGGGGGGCGAUGUUGAAGGUUCAAAUUGAUGGGCCAUUUAUUUGAGAACUGUUUCCUACAGCAUCUUGCUGUUAGACAUAGAAGCAGAUGUUGAUGUCAUGUCAGGUUGAUUAUUAAAGGAUUGUAUGUAAUGUAUUCAUUUCCAGAUCAGCUUGACACACUGUGUGGACAGUCUUAUGGUUUUCUGCAAUGCACAUCUUAUGAUGAAACAUAACAACUCUCUUUCUUUUAUUUUGUCUCACACUUCAACAAGGUAUGAUUUUUAGUUACCAUGAGAAUUUGAUUUAUCAGUCGCUGAAAAUGCAUUUUACUUGCAGUAAUUAAAAAGAACAUCUCCCUACAACCAACAGUUGGCAGUCCACUGUCUCAAUUCUGAGGGUCUCCAAUAGGGUUCUUCAACCCUGUAAUCCCAGCCCAAAAUUUCAUGGGCAAUCUUGCAAUCCAGAUGGUUAUUUUUGGCAUCUCACCUCCCACAUAUACGACGUAUAUGUUGUAGUUAAUUUUUUAUUUCAGGUAAUUUUUAUUUUUCUUUUGUUUUUGGGUAUGGUAAUAUAUGCUAAUGAAGUUGAAACAAAAGAAAAAUAAAAAUUACCUGAGAUAAAAAAUUAACUACAACAUAUACGUAUACCUUCAAUCCUGAAUCUUGCCUAUAUUUUGCUUAAUAACCAAAAACAUUUUUUUCUAAUUAAACAGCAAGUUUGUUUUUCCAAGAGAAGACAAUCUUGGUGACAUGACAGAUGCUGGUCAGGCUGAUCUUCCUAAAGAUGGGAAAUAUGAAGGCUUUGCUAAUGUCAAUGAUGCUAUCAUAACAGAACUCAAAACUCUGUUAUCUGCCGAUGUCUUGACAGGUAAACAAGAUCUUCUUGACAUAAGUAAUCGCAGCUACUUUUGGGUUUUGAGAACUUGUUUCCAAUUUUUUGUUGCUUAAAACCUCUGCGAGAAAUCCCCUCCUUCCUUUAUCAGGGAAGCUGUAGAGACCCAAAUAAUAUUUAUUUGAAAAUGUAAAUAGCCUCUUGUAACCAGUUUCUUCUUAUUAGUAGAGUGCACCAGAUUGUCUUUUUAUUGCUACUAAACUAUUAUUACCUCACAUGCCGCCAGUAGCCAUGUUUGAACAACCGUCUGCCUUUCAUGUCAGGUCACUUUUAUUCCUGCCCUAGUCAUCACAGUAGUGUAAAAAAAAAAACAUUUUCCAUUUAUUUAUUUAUUUUUUUCAAUCAGCCUUUGAAAGACAUUUAUUACCCCAUCACUCAUGUCAUCUAUAGUAGUGUAUCUGUUACGGGUCAAAAUUAAAUUCAGGUUCAAAUUUUUUAACGUACAAUCAGCGACAAAAUUGUUGAGACAUACUUAAAUAGGGUGACUUCGGAGAACAAAAGAAUCCGCACCCCUCGCCUGUCCCCUCCAUUCAAAGUUGGGGUGUUUGUUGUUUUCUAUAGGUAGCUAGAACAAGGGCCCAACAUUGUACGGAGGGGAUGGGGGAGGAAAGCUAUAUUUCCUCCUCUUGAAGUUCAUAAAACGUAAAAAAGCCUACUUUUGGGCGAAGUGUAUCAAGUCAUUUUGUCGCCGAUUGUAGAUUAAUUUGCAAUUUCUUUUGUCUCCCAGCCCUAAUUAUUCAUGAUUUCCUAAUUGAGUCAAAGGAAAUUGAGAAUCAACCUAAGUUAAAAGAUUUUAACCUGAAUUUAAUUGUGACUUGUAACAUAUCUAUUUAUCAAAAUGUUGAGCCUUCUGUGGUGACCUUUAUGUGUGUUUGGCUAACUCCUAUAUUUAGUAACUUUGUAGGCCUGAAAGGUUUAGUAGUUAUUUCUUUUUCAUUUGACUUAUAAGGCACUGUCAUUACUUUUAUGUAGAUGACCACAGUUCUGAAGUUCCUCCAACACUUCUUGCAAGUGCCUUGACCAUGGCUUUGUGCUGUAUCCUUUGACAAAAAUUCUGCACAGAAGACUCAAAGGAAAUAAAGAAUACAGAUUUGUUUCCACUCUGUUUUUAUUAGAGAUCUCACAAAAUUUAAUGUUUUAUACAAGUCAAAUAUUACAAAUAACGUGAAUUUGGAAAUCAAUAUAGAGAAAAUUGAGGAACCAUUUAAGGACUAUAAAAUAAUGCAUUGUCAGUGACUUUGUGUAGAAAAUAUUCCAUACCUUCCCCAUAAAAGGGAUUGGAAAUUUCUAGGGGGAAUGGGGGGGGGGCAUCAAAGUAGCUUACUGGAGAGCAAGCAUUGUAGUUGGACAAGAAAAACAUAGAUAACACUGUUUUAGAUGUUUAAUGCUUUCCCAAGGUUUUGCUUCAUUGCUUGUUUCCAGUAUAGUGUUUUUGUACCAAGUAAACUACUGUCUAUAAAUUAUCCUUUAUUUCACUGUCAAUUCUCGUUUUUUUAACUUGACUUAAUGUUUUCAUCAGAUAUUCACAGAGCAGAGAAAGAGUGCCCAGGUAAUGUUAUUACAUUUUCCUGAUCAGUACUUUAUCCUUUAAUUUACCUAAUCUUGAAUGUGAGUUGUAAAAUGGAAGAUUUUUUGCGAUGUAGGCUAUUGUUUUGCCUAAUCUGUGGUAGUACUUGCAGACGGAACCUAGUAUACAGAAUGCAUAUAAGAAAUAAAACUACAAGUGAAGUUAAACCCACUUUGAAGGGCAAUUGGAUUUGUGAAGUAACUAGAUCCGUUUUCUGUUUUUAGUUGGACAGAAGCUCAAAUCACGCAUAGUGGUAAGAUGUUGUAAUUUUCUUUUUUUUUGAAGUUAUGUGAUAGUAUCAUUGAUUUAAUUAAAAUUUGAAGCAGGUAGCUGUUUUGAGUAAUAUCCUGUAACCGAAUGUAUCAACAUGGUUUGAAAGAAUCUUUUCUAAAUUAUUAUUAUGAUUAUUGAUUGAUAUGAAUUAAUUCUUUUUCAUUUUACCACAGAUUUUAAAAGCUGCACCAGAUGUGUCUGCGCAAUACAUGCCAAUAAUGAACUGCAUAUUUGCUGCCCAGAAAAGUGUAAGUGUUCCUUUAAUUUUGCAUAUGAAUUGGCACUCAAAUAAACCUCACAUUGCAUGUCCUUGACCUAUCCAUAUAGUACUGACUUUUCGUUCUCUGUCAGGGCCGUAGCCAGCCCAUAGGCCUGUAGGCCCCGGCCUACAAACUUUUGAUUUGAUCACUCUACCGCUUGUAAUAAAUUAUGCUUUGUUGGGGUGAGCUAAAAAGCUUAAGAGGUUAAAGUGUUGGUGCGGUCAGUGCGUACUAGUCAUGCAUACAAUUUUCAGCUUAUGUGGACAUGAAAGUCAGCCAGGCCUACAAACAGUCACAAAGCUGGCUACACCCCUGUCUGUGGUAUGUACAUAGUCUUUUAGUGACAGAAUAUUGCAGUUGUUAAUCCUUUAAGUUCCAUUAGUGAUCAACAUCAAUUUUCUCCUAAUGAGAUUCAUACCUUGUCAAGAGAAAAGGAAAUGAGAAUUAAUAAACUGAUCAGCACACAGAAAAAUUAAUGCUUUGGUCUUUUAUCAAAUUCUCUCAAAUAUUUAGGGAAAUGUAUAAAGAUCAGUGUGGAGGAUUUGUAGGUGGAUAUUGGGGCUUAGAGGGUUAAAAAAGGUGUUAUGCACCCCUCCCCUGAUCGACCACUGCAGUUUGCAAACUUGAAGAAAAACGUUCAGUGUGCUUUUUUUUGUUGUUAAUUUUGAUUUUAGAAUACAGUGAUAGAUGCUUGUGUGUUAGAUGAACAAUCAGGAUUCCUCCAACAGGUAUUUUGGCAAACAAAGACCAAUAUGUUUACAUUUUCAUUUGAUUUUUGGAUCACACUGACCUAUAGUGUGUCUUUAAGCUGCAAUCAUGCUCUCCAUCUAUAACCUGAAGUGACUGAGAUAAUAGUACCAGUCUGUAGUGAUGUUAUUCUUCAUACUCCAGAUUUUAUUGUCCUCAAAAUUCGUUUCCAUACUUCCUUGAAAAAUGACAGCUGUGUUUAUUAUUGAUUGAAAAAUGACCUUUACUCAAGAUGGUCAUUGCCCUUCCUGUUGGCUCUUUGCUAAGUUACACACCCUCAGGACUAGUCUACCCAGGUAAAGCUAAAACGCCCUUAACCACCUGUGUGGAAACACGAUCCUAGUACCGCUUUUGUUGUCAUCAGUUUCUCCAUUAAAAGGUUUAAUUUGUUGACACGUGGAUAUAAGGUUCCAUCUUAUGGAGAGUUUACAUUUCUGGCAAACUAGUUGACUGUAUAAUGUGGUAUCAUGUACCUAAAGUACUAAGAAUUAAAUGAAAACACUCCUUAAGGCUUCUUAUUUGUGACAGACCAGAGACCUUUUCAAAGGUUGACAAUUAUUGUCAGUCAUAUUUACACAGACGAAAUUUACUCUACUGUAAAACGGCUAGUAAAAUUAAUUUGAAAGAAAUUUAUUUCCAUGAAUUUUCUGCUUCUUAAUUUUUUUUUGUUAGCCUAUAAGGACGUCAAACCGGCUUGAUUUAUUUUUUUUUUAUAAAUUUACAGGCAGCCGACAUUACAGGAGGAGUCUAUUUGAAAGUUCCACAACCUCUUGCUUUGCUUCAGUAUCUCCUGGUCAGUGCACGGGUACCUCAAGCCGACAGUGCCACAGGGCAACCUGCAUAGUAGAUACUAAGUCAUGUACAGAUUUGGGAAAUCUUUGUGCAACAAGGGACUAACCAACAAAAGUGAAAAGAUUUAAGAGCAUCACUAUUUUCUGGGGUUUAAAUGCGUUCUCUAUUCCUUUCCGACGCCUCAGUUUUCCUAGGGUGUGGAGGAAUAUUCUCCGGAUCCGAUUUGAAUUAUUUAUAGUGUGGGAUUCGUGAAAACGCAAACUUUCUGAAAAAUACGGAACUUGACCGCCCUCGGGGAGCGGUAUUCGCUAAAAUCGUGGCACGGGAUGCGGUAUUGGGAAAGAAAAUGGUAUUCGGGAUAGAGAUGACAGAAUUUCGGAAUGCCGGAUUGUCGUGAAAAAGGAGCGAGAAUGCGACAUCGCCCCCUCCCCCCAGACCUUCUUUUCCCCUUUACGUUCGUUUACUCUAAAAUGUUAGGAUGCGUCCGCGUCCUUACCCGAGUCGAGACUCUCGGCACUCACUUUUUCCAUCGUUGAUUUAGGAGUGAAGGGUUAAAGACUGGUUUUCACUAGCGAUAGAGACGGAGUCUUUAUAAGCGUAGAGGAGCUGUACGAUCUAGUGAAAACAGCGCUCUGACACCGUGCAAGAUUCACCGGUCUAGUGAAAACUAGUUUUUUGAUGUCGUUGGGGGAAGCGGAAAAACCAGGCCAAUCACAAAGCGUGAGAACAAAUAUUGUGAUUGGUUUAUCCCGUUUCCGACUGCUUCCGACUCCGACAAUCUGGUUCUCACUUGAUCGUAAGUAACAGAGUCAUAAACGGAGUCGGAUGAAAAUGGAAGCGUUCUGAUUCUUCCGACUCACUAGGUCUUAAACAUUCUUUCGUAUCUGCUAGUGAAAACCAGCCUUUAUUACUGGUUGUUGGCGUAAUAUGGAAAACCUAGGUGCCUCUUCAUCUUCUAAUCACGGGUAAAUCGUAUCAGUAAAACUGGCUACUACGAAAACCGGCGGGAUAUCUUGUAUUAAGUCCGCUAAUUUGACUCUUUUGACCAAAUUUUAGUGGGUGUUUCUUCCUGAGCCUACCGUCCGUGAACAGCUUGUUCUUCCCACGUCUGUGCAUAUUGACUACAGAGCGGCAUGUUUCUGUCACAGAAGACUCGUCGAUAUUGGAUUUGUGUGUUCCGUGUGUUUAUCAAGUAAGGAGAAAAGUUUUGAGUGUUAUCUAAAAAAUGUAAAGAGGGAGGAGUAUUCUUCUGCUUAAAAAGUAUUAGUUGCCACAGAAAAUUAUGGAUUUUGUUAGUCUAUCAUCCAUCGGUAAUUUGACUUUCAAUUCUCUCUUUUUUUUUUUCAGUUUAUUGUCAGUUUAUUCCACUAUGUCUAACUUGCCAGUAAGUAUAUCUAGGAAUUCUUUUCCAAACAAAAUUUGUAUGAUAAUGUAUAUUUAGCCUCGUUCGGCUAAAAUUGCUUUUUGUUCUGAUUCAGUUGAUUGGUUCGAGUCCUAAAGGCGCUUUCCAUUUUUCAGAACUGACCGGCCAGACCCUUCCCGUCGUAAUGAGAAUUUCACUAUUAAUCAAAACUAUCCAGCCAGGUCCGUCAAAUCCUAAAUAGUGUGCAAGGAGGAGGUGGUUUUUCAACCCAAAAACCCUUGGAAAAAGCCGAUUUGAUUGUUAAACUGACCGGUCCGGCAAUGGUCCGGCCGGCCAGUUCUGACAAAUGGAAAGCGCCCUAAGUUCGACGUCUGACUUAACUUAAUUUAGGUCGAUCUAAAUUAGAGUUUGGUUCGUCUCACGAAAAGUUCGACGUUUGGCCCAGGCGGAACUGAAAGCCUGUUGAUAGGUUUUCAAGUGGCGGUGUAUGGGGGGAGUGGUCCCUUUCGUAAACGGUUGCUGCCAUUUUUAAGACACAGAGAAAAUUUUUGACCUGUUAUUGAGGCUGUUUCUCUUAAGAAAGAAGGAAAUAAUAACUCAGGGUCGAACCCGGACCUUUCGUAUCCUAAUCUCUAAGCUGGGAGUUAUCUACCGAGAAUGGAAUCAAACAUGAUCAAAAUGGAGCAAGAAUAUAAACGUUUACAUUGCAUCUGGUCAACCACUCUCCAGCGUUCGCCUAGCUUUUGGCUUUAAGUAGGGUAGCAUAUAAGUAAAUGUUCGGUUCUCAGUGAGUCAGACGAAGUUCACCUCUAAUUUUCGCAAAACUCUGUUGCAGGACCAGAUUUAAGCUUCCAGCCCUUCCCAUGGCGAGACCGAAGAAAAAGAAGAAAGAAAACACAGCCCCUAGAAAAUGAUUUGUUGUAUUAUACGUUUUGUACAAAAUAUGUAUUUACAUAUAUCAAGCAAUACAUUUUGUUUAGAAAAUUAAAAGAGUC